AGAAGACAGUGCUGCCUGGCUGGGACAUAGACUCAGGAGAAAGAUGAACUGGCCCUAUUGCUGCAUCUCCUUUUGUUGCAUCUAUUUUGCUGCUUCCAGACUGAGAGCUGUAGAGUCGGCAGAUGGAAAAUAUGCUCAGGAAUUAUUUAAUGAUCUUUUUGAAGAUUAUUCCAAUGCUCUGCGUCCAGUGGAAGAUACAGAUAAAGUCCUGAAUGUCACACUGCAGAUCACCCUUUCUCAGAUAAAGGAUAUGGAUGAAAGAAACCAAAUUCUGACUGCAUACUUAUGGAUCCGCCAAAUCUGGCAUGACGCAUAUCUCAAAUGGGAUCGAGACCAGUAUGAUGGGCUGGACUCCAUUAGGAUCCCCAGCGACCUGGUGUGGAGGCCAGACAUUGUCCUGUAUAACAAGGCAGAUGAUGAGUCCUCAGAGCCGGUGAACACCAAUGUGGUCCUGCGGUACGAUGGGCUGAUCACUUGGGAUUCACCAGCCAUCACCAAGAGCUCCUGUGUGGUGGAUGUCACCUACUUCCCCUUUGAUAAGCAGCAGUGCAAUCUGACCUUUGGCUCCUGGACCUACAAUGGCAAUCAGGUGGACAUCUUCAACGCCCUGGACAGUGGAGACCUCUCAGACUUCAUCGAGGAUGUGGAGUGGGAGGUCCACGGCAUGCCCGCUGUAAAGAAUGUGAUCUCCUAUGGCUGCUGCUCUGAACCUUACCCGGAUGUGACAUUCACUCUUCUUCUGAAGAGGAGAUCCUCAUUCUAUAUCGUCAACCUCCUCAUUCCAUGUGUCCUUAUAUCUUUUCUGGCCCCCUUGAGUUUUUACCUCCCAGCUGCCUCUGGGGAAAAGGUAUCUCUGGGAGUGACAAUUCUCUUGGCCAUGACUGUAUUUCAGCUAAUGGUGGCAGAGAUCAUGCCAGCCUCAGAAAAUGUUCCUCUGAUAGGCAAAUACUACAUAGCCACGAUGGCCUUGAUCACAGCAUCCACUGCCUUGACCAUUAUGGUGAUGAAUAUCCACUUCUGCGGUGCUGAGGCCCGGCCAGUGCCACAGUGGGCCAGAGUAGUCAUCCUGAAAUACAUGUCCAGGAUCUUGUUUGUCUAUGACGUGGGUGAAAGCUGCCUUACCCUGCGCCAGGGGAGGGGGCACGAUCACUUCAGAAAGGUUUAUGACAAACUUCCAGAACCUAAUCUGAAAACAGCCGGGAACAAAGACCUUUCCAGAAAGAAGGAAGUUAACAAACUCUUAAAGAAUGACUUGGGGUGCCAAGGUGAGAACCCACAGGGUACUGACAAUUACUGUGCACGAUACAACAUGUUGACAAAGAAUAUUGAGUACAUUGCUAAGUGUCUCAAAGACCACAAGGCCACCACUUACCAGGGAAGUGAAUGGAAGAAGGUUGCAAGAGUCAUAGACCGAUUCUUCAUGUGGAUUUUUUUCAUUAUGGUGUUUGUCAUGACCAUUUUGAUAAUAGCUAAAGCAGAUUAGUGAGUGUUUGCUAUCUACAGGGCUCAUCAAUAAAAUUCUCUAUGAUCUACUCCAAUGUUCUUCCAAGUCAGAGUUUUGUAUAUGAUUGAAGGUUUAUGUUGUCUAUAGGUUUUAUUAUUAUUAUUAUUAUUUAUUUAAAAUGAACUUAGGUACUUGUCAGUUUAAAUUAAGCACAAGGUGCAAAAUUUCAAGGGUAAUAAGAUGAAGGAAGUAGGGAAGGGUCCCUUUUAUAGCUUCCCAGAAGGGUUGGUAGAUGGCCUCUAG